GCACCAGCAGCCGUCGACGCGGCGCUUUAAACGGCUCAAGAGGAUUUGGGAUAGCGAGUCAUUUGUGUGUCGCUCGUCCGUUCACCUUUGCUCACGCCCCGUCGGCGAAGAGUUCCCCCGGCGAUCGGUCCCGCAGUUGCCGUGUUUCUGAGCUGACAAAGCCGCGGCGGUGGUGGAAGAUGAGCGCCGCAGCGGGCGUCGACUACAGCGCCUGGGACCACAUCGAGGUGUCCGACGACGAGGACGUCGCCUGCGCGUACGUCGACACUCCGAGCCUGUUCCGACUGAGACACCGGGUCAGCAGUGACACUUUAAGUAGCCGUGACGUUUGGAAGUCUUACACCCGAUCCCAACGCCAGACCCGGCUGGAGAGAAUGGCUGAGUUCCAGCAGAGAGGGGAAGAUCUGGAGAGCAACUUUGCGGAAUGCAAGAGGUUAUUGGAAGAAGCCCAGGGACGACUUGGAGACCUGGAAGAGGGAGGGCAGGAGGAGGAGGAGGAGGAGGGUGAUAAGGAGAAGGAGAAGGAGAAGAGAGAGGCUGAGCUGAAGAAAGUGCAGGCCGAGGUGAGAAAACUGAAGAAGGACGAGAAGGCCUUUGAGAAGAUGAUUAAGGAAUACCAGCGAGAGGAAAAGAAGCUGCCCUGGAAUGUCGACACAAUCAGCAAAGAAGGUUUCAGCAAGAGUGUACUCAACAUCAAGCCUGUAACACGGGAGGAAAAGGUGGAGAAGCACAAGUCCUUUGUGGAGCAGUAUGCGAAGGAAAUCAAACACUUUGGUAUGCUGCGGCGCUGGGACGACAGUCAGAAGUAUCUGUCAGACAACCCGCAUCUGGUGUGCGAAGAGACAGCGAACUGCCUCGUCGUCAUCUGCAUUGACUUUGAGAUAGACGAGAAACAUGAGCUGAUGGGGCAGGUGGCCCACCAGGCCAUUGUCCUGCAGUUCAUCUUGGACACGGCUCGGACGCUGAAGGUCGACCCGAGAGGCUGCUUCAGGCAGUUCUUCUCCAAGAUCAAGACUGCGGAGAAACCGUACCAGGACGCGUUUGACUGCGAGCUGGAGCUGCUGAAGGAGCGGGUCCGCAGCUGUGCACGGAUUCGUAUGGAGGACGCCAUGAAGGAGCUGGAGGAGGAGGAGGAGGAGGAGGAGGAGGUGGGGAGGGAGAAGAGACUGGGCCCGGGUGGUUUAGACCCUGUGGAGGUCUAUGAGUCGCUGCCAAAGGAAAUACAAAGGAGCUUCGAUGAGAAAAACAUCCAGAUGCUGUACGAGGCAAUGGACAAACUCCACCCCGAGGAAGGAAAAUACCACCUGAAGCGCUGCAUUGACUCUGGAUUGUGGGUGCCAGAUUCAGGAGAGGGUGACGAGGAAGAGGAUGAAAAGGAUGAGGACUGAAAACAAAAGGAAGGAUUUAAACAAGUGGCAAAAGGCAGCGAUGACACACUCGUUCUUUCCCCGACAGUUUCACCCACAUCAUCACUUUAAGAUCACAUUCAAUCAAAUACUGAAAUAGCGGUGUUCAGACAAUCGCACAUUUUUAAUCUCUUUUUUAACUUAAAGCUUCUUGGUGCAGAGUAAAAGAUGUAUCUCUUAGUUUGACUCAAAUCAGUUUUUAUAUCGUAGACAGUUGUUCUUGAAUUAAUGUCAUUAGAAACGGCUGAUAAUGAUCUGACACAAAUCAAAGAUAUUUGAGACGUUGGUUUACACUAAAGACACUCAGAUACACCUCAAAUAUUUGUACAAAUGCUAACUUUUAGGUAAAAAAAAAGAAAAAGAAAGGCUUGAAGAUCUGUCCACUGUAAUAUGUUCUACUGUGGACGACGGCGCCAUCUCGUGUCCGUUUGGGGACAAGCAGAUCAAAAACCACGUCAGUUGCCCGUUCGGUGAACAGUGUGAUUGUCCCCUGAUGAUUUUAACUCGUAAUCAACAUCGGACAGGAUCAACUGGUCCUCAGACGACCGCAGACAGAACCUCACUGUAGAUUACAGCUGCCCUGCAUUAAAUAUGAAUUCUGUGAACUUUUGAUUUUUGCUGUGACCGUCAGAAAUCUCGAGUCUAUUCGAAAUUGACAGUUUUUUCAAGGCUGUGUCGUUUGCCAAAGAAGAAAAUAGAGGGUUUAUCAAUUAUCAGGGCAAAUAUACUGGAAUCAGCCUAUAUGUCAGGAGAUUAAAAAAAGAAAAGGAAUGCGAUAGACAUAUUUGAGACAAUCUACCAACAGUUUUUAUUUUAAAAAAUCUGGCGUUUGUUACCAUCAAAUAUCAAUAUUGGCUUCAGCCUCAAAAGUAACCGCUCUCGGUCCGUCUGUGAUCGGUGCUUCAGGCGUCUCGGAGUAAAACCUGCAGGAUUUGAUUGUAAUCUCCCAGGUCGAUCUAGCUUUUGCAGAUUGAGGCAUUGAUUAGGGUUUGCAGCUGUUAAUUACUUUCAUCACUGAUCAAUCUGGAAAUUAUUUUCUUGAUGAAUAGAACAUUUGUGCAUUAGAAUUUCUCAAGGCACAAGGUGAAGAACAUUAGAUUGCUUGUUAUUUCCCCGACCAACGGACCAAACACCCAAAUACAUAACAUUUUCACUUGUAUAAACAGAAAAAAAUCAAUCAGCAAAUACUCACGUUUGAGAUUUUUCU